AUGGAGGUCUAUUUCGUCCGUAGUACCAUUAACUUCGAUUAAUUGCCUGGCUACAACAACAGAGACGGACAAAUUCUCGACUGCGUUCCCCUUCCAUCACUGCCCCUGUGUCCUGUCCAGCCCGCGACAAUGAGCGACGACGAAGAUAUUGUGGUCGAGGAACCCGAGCUGGCGGAAGACGACCCUAUGCGAGCUUUCCUACCGACAUCAUUCGGGAAGAAGUCGAAAGAAACAAACAUCGCCGCGCAGAUCGACCGAACCAAAAGAAAUACUCACCACAGGGCUGCCGGCGCCCAGGGCGGAGGGCCUCUCGAAGCCGGUGGCCCGUCAGCAGAUAGUUUGAAAGGCCCAAAAUCAGACUCGGAGACAAGCGAUGGAAGCAGCGACGAUUCCGAUUCAGAUGAUGAGUCGGACGAUGACGACGAGUUUCCCGUCUCCCACGAGCUGGUCCUCAAGACCCACGAACGCGCCGUCACAACGAUCACACUCGACCCAGCCGGCGGCCGUCUGGCGUCGGCGUCAGUCGACGGAAAGGUCAACCUACACGACUUUGCUGCUAUGACGCCCACAACAUUGCGCGCGUUCCGUUCCGUCGACCCAUGGCAGAGUAAGAAGUCCUCAACACAAAGCGAGUCGCAUCCCAUCUACAAAAUCGAAUUCAGCCCUCUCACCGGCGGCCUAUUUCUCUGCAUCUCGGCGCACCCGCAGGCCAAGAUUCUGUCUCGAGACGGCGACAUUGUGACCGAGUUUGUCAAGGGCGAUAUGUACCUACGCGAUAUGAACAACACCAAGGGCCACAUCUCGGCGAUCACCUCGGGGACGUGGCAUCCCACCGACAAGAACUUGUGCGUCACCGCGGGCACCGACAGCACGCUGAGGAUCUGGGACAUCAACAACAAGCGCUCCCAGAAGGAGGUUAUCGUCUUCAAGUCGAAGGUGCCUGGAUCGGCCGGGAGGACGCGCAUGACAUCUGUUGCUUGGGGUUCGCCCCUGCAAGGCGGUAGCAACGUGCUCGUUGCCGCAGCUUUGGACGGCUCGCUUGUAAUGUACAGUGGGAACGGCCCCUUUUCGCGCCCCGCGGCCGAAAUCCGCGAUGCGCACAAAGCGGACACCUGGACGAGCGGUAUCGACAUCUCCUCGGACGGCAGGAUGGUUGUCACGAGGGGCGGUGACGACACGAUCAAGCUCUGGGACACGCGCAAAUUCAAGACACCGCUUGUCACGGUGAAUCACCAAUCGACAUCGGCCCACUACGCCAUGUCGAACAUCAAGUACGCGCCUAACGCGACGAGCAUACUGACGGGCUCGGCAACGGGCGCCCUACACAUCCUGAACCCGGGGAACCUACAGCCCGAGCUUGUCGCCCCCGUCACCCCAGGUUCGCCGGUAAUUACAGUCGACUGGCAUCCCAAGAUCAACCAGAUCAUCACGGGGUCCGCCAACGGCGAGACGCACGUCCUCUACAACCCAACCGUGUCGAACCGCGGCGCCGUGGACGUGAUGUCCAGGGCGCCUAAGAAACGACACAUCGAUGACAACCCCUUACUGACGAUGGAUCAAUCGAUCGGGAUUUCCGGCGAUUCCAUCGUGACACCCGGAAGCAUGGGAGGACGGCGAGGCGGCGUCACGGCGUCCGGGAAGUCGAAAGACCCCAGGAGACCCGAGGUCCUGCAGCAGACGCCAUUCAUGAGGAACCAGCCGGACGAGAAACACAUUGCGGAGAAUAUUCCCCUGGCACGCAUGCUGCACGAGGAUCCGAGGGAAGCGUUGCUGAAAUACGCAGAUGCUGCAAAGAAGGACCCCAUGUUCACGCAGGCAUGGAAGGACACACAGCCGGUGACGCAGUACGCGGAGCUAAGCGAUGACGAGGAGGAGGAAGGGCCGGAUAAAAAGAAGGUCAGGAGGUGAUGAGCAAGUCUUGCUGUUGCUGGGCUACGUGGUUGAUUCGCUCUGGAUAACAUCGACGGUGAAAAAUAUGUACCUACCUAUAUUCUGUAUAUCCAGCGAGGUUUUCUGCGGAUACGUGAUGGUUGCAAACUCGGGGCCAUAUAAUGGACCGAGCAGCGGGAUACCUCGUACAGUCGGCAGAUGAUCCGAGUACGACGGUACGAAGUACGUUGUAAUUAAGAUAUUACCUCUACGAAUACGGAUACUAUAGGUACCUUAGAAAGUACCUAGUAUACGAAGCAC